GACAGUUGGUGAUAAUAAAAGUUUCCCAAGUCGAACCAGCGGGUCAGAAACGGUGUUCUUUUUAUGGUUCUGAUUGAACCCAACGGGUACAUCUACAUAAUGUACAUUGAUUUGGAUCUUCUGUCGCUGCAGCGAAAUGGGUGCCUUGCAGCAGUGUGGCUUGCGGCAACAAAUAAAACGUUGUUCCGACGACACUUCAAACGUGGCCAAUGUGACAGGAUUGACAUAGAUGAUCUGUGUAAAUCCAUCUUGGCUUGCGCAAACACCCAUUCACCAUUGGUACUGGUAGCCAAACUGGCAUACGGAGUCACCUAUAUCUACCAGCAGCAGGUUCAGUUUUUGUACGACAGGGUCAGCUCUGCAGCAUGUAAUCAGUCGAUUGCCUUUCAAGCAUUAAGAAAACAGAAACUCUCGCACAAGACUACGAAGUGCAUUGUACAAGGUGAAAUAACUUUUGAAGAUGUUCUGGGGGAUGCAGCUCUUUCGACAGAGGCAGUCAUAUCACAGCUUCUAGCUGGAGAACAACAAACCAGUGUAAAGUGCGUGGACGACAUCACCAUGCAAGAAAUAACAACUUUUAGUGGAACUGACAAAACGUUUGAAGUAGAGAACGGAUUUGGCGAAAUACAGCUCAAUGAUGAUAGUCAAUUUAUCGAUAUGCUACCCACGAGUUCCAGCUUAAAAGAUACUCGAAAUGAUUCGGGUAUUGUAGAGGACUCUCUGGACAUUGUGGAAUCACAACUCGAUAGCCAAUCACCAAUUGUGGAUCAAACUUUGCGCGAAGUUUCUGUCCCAGAAUCUGAAUUGGAAAAUCCUUCGAUGGCCAUUUUGAACAUGCCCAUCGCAAGUACCAGUGUUGUGCGUUUAUAUCAGCAACAUGAUUCUGAUACAGUCAAUCACUCGCGAGAAGCGGAUCAGUAUGUAGAGGAAAUUCCGCUAAGCAAAAGUUCAUUUGAAUCUAGCGCAAUUCCGAUCCCAUUUUCGGAAGAAAUUGAAGAUUCACAUCUAAAUAUUAUACCCCUAACAACUACCCGUAAGCGUAAACUAAAUGGUUUGAUUAUUGACAAUAAGAAUAAAUUGGACGCUGAUACAAUGAAACGAGCUAUUAAGGAGAGCUAUAAAACUCAAAGAUGCACGGAUCCGCGUGUUGAUGUAAUGCCGAUUCAAAGAAUCCGUUAUCCAUUCGAUCAAGCGUCAAUAAUCUUUCAACAUCCUGUACGAAACACACGUUCGUCCUUGCUACCAUACCUGUUCACACGGAAUACUCGAAAACGAUCUUCGCCAAUUGAAGACAUUUUGGAUCAAUCAUGGAUUGAAGAACUUGAAAUCUCGAAGAAAACGAGAACCGAAAAAGAAACGUUGAGUGACGACACCUUGCAAUCGCUCGAGCUACUUCGACUGCCUCACGAACAAGCACUGCCAUUGGAAAUCAUAGCUCAAUCAGGAGAAAUCACGCAGGAUGUGACAGCAGUUCCUGGUCCCGUGCAUGAACAUAUAGUUGAUCCGAUUAACGUUUGCCCGAAAAUAGAUUCUUUCGAUGAGGAAAGCGUGCUAAAGUUACUGCCAUAUCUGUGGAACAAUAAUCAACAUGGAGUUACAUUCAAAUCGCUUGAAAAAUAUUUUUCCAACAGAUUGGAUGCUGCUAGCUGCUUUGCGACUGUUCUGGCGUUAAUUGCGAAGCAAAAAUUAGUAGUGAGUACAACCGAACGAAAUGAAAUUUUCGAAAUCAAUCGAGGACCAAAUUCCUAGUAAUGGAGAGUAUCGAUCAGUUUUAAAGGCUGUCAUCAGUACAACCGGAAUAAGGACUGAAUUUUAGACCCUGAACACAUUAUUUAUUACAUUUUAAACUGAUUUUGGUUCAAAGAUAAUUUUAAAAUAGUGAAAG